UGCACCUUAAAGUUGGUUGCCAACCGCCAUAUAAAGUCCAAAGAAGAAGAAGCUGGAAGAAGGAGAAGAGAUUACUAGAAACUAACUCGGUUUACCCAUUUAUCUGUGGAUUAAUUGUCGGAGUACAGGACCUUGUGCAUUUCAGGACCUGAGCCCUAGGACCGUGCCCCAGGACUACCUGACAUGAUGACUCCUUGCUGUCCCCAGUCCACCUGGCCAUGCUGCUGCUCCAGUUUCAACUGUUCUGCCUUACUAUUAUUCGACCAUGCUGGUCAUUUAUGAACAUUUGAACAUCUUGGCCAUGUUCUGUUAUAAUCUCCACCCGGCACAGCCAGAAGAGGACUGGCCACCCCACAUAGCCUGGUUCCUCUCUAGGUUUCUUCCUAGGUUUUGGCCUUUCUAGGGAGUUUUUCCUAGCCACCGUGCUUCUACGCCUGCAUUGCUUGCUGUUUGGGGUUUUAGGCUGGGUUUCUGUACAGCACUUUGAGAUAUCAGCUGAUGUACGAAGGGCCAUAUAAAUAAAUUUGAUUUGAUUUGAUUUUGAUUUGGGUGAUGGAAAGAGAAAGGGAGAGAAAGAGAGAGGUGGGUGGUGGAGAGAGAGAAUGAGAGAAGGAGAGGGUGGAAGUUAAAGAGAGGGGGCAGAUCAGCUGACAGAGUCUCAUAUUCACACACACACAAACACACACACCCCUCCUCAGCCUGUUACCUCAGUGAAGGUGGAGCCACUGUAAUUGAGAGGGAGAGGAGUCCACUCCACACUCAUUCAUGGAGAGAGAAAGAGAGGAGGACAUGUCUCACAGGCACCCACUGGCCAACCAGGACUUAGCACUACAUUUUGUUUGACCAUCUCUCUCUUUUUAGUGAAAUCUAGAAACGUGUGGAGGGUAUCUGGCAGCAGUGAGCUGUUGAAUGUUUGGGCCUUAGGGGACAGAGGGAUGAGCCUGGAGAAAGUGUUAUAGUAGAAUGUCCCUAUGCCAGUGGACCUUUCAUUGUGGGAGUAGCCAUCUAAGGAUUUCUGGAUUGGAAUUAAAUUCGGCACCAGGAACAGCUAAGGACAGAAGAACAGUUUCAAAAGUGGAACAUAUGAUGCCUGCCGGGUUUGUCAUUGGAAUACACUGACGGCAAUUACACUGGCAACAAUAAGACGAGUGGGACAAUAAGCUGUUUUAUUUAUCGAUUUGUAUUUGUCUUAACUGAUCUACCAGGACAUCAGUAUAGGAACAAAAGUGAAAGAGAACAUUGGAAUACAUGGACUUUCAGUACAAUAAUUGCUCUAGCUACCAAAAGAAAGGCGAGGAGACAUUGACUUUCAACCCAGAUAGGUAUAAUUGAGGAGGAAAUCUCUUUUGCAUAUAGACCUGGUAGACUAGGUACCAGAGAGGCCCAUUUUCCAGGAGGGCUCCCCUCCCUGACCUCCCAGCCGUUGUCCCCAGCAGCAUGUCCCAGGCUGUGAGGUUGCUUCUAGUCCUCCCCACACCAUUCUACCAUGACCACAUGGGCUGCUGGAGGGAGUACGGCUGUCACUGCCUGGGCCACCUCUGGGUCUUUGUUUAGGUUUGGCUCUGGGUCUUUGUUUAGGUCUGGCUCUGUGUCCAGGUUUAGGUCUGGCUCUGGGUCCAGGUCUAGGUCUGGCUCUGGGUCCAGGUUUAGGUCUGGCUCUGGGUCCAGGUUUAGGUCUGGCUCUGGGUCCAGGUUUAGGUCUGGUUCUGGGUCCAGGUUUAGGUCUGGUUCUGGGUCCAGGUUUAGGUCUGGCUCUGGGUCCAGCUUUAUCUCUAGGUCCUUCUUUUCCAGCCUGUCUCUGUCUCUGCUGCUAGCACUGCUGCUCGCCCUUUCCCUCCCUGUUGUUGUCUGCCAUCAACCUCUCUACAGAGGCAGGCUCCAGCCAACCAGCCCCAGGCUCCAGUUCCCCAGUCUCCAGCCCCACAGCCCCCAGCCCCCCAGCCCCCAGAUCCCCAGCCCCAGCAGCCCUUUUAGAGUGCCAGUGAACAGUUCCCUGGCUGCAUCCAGGGUUGGAGAGACUGGGGAAACUGGAGGUCCCUUGGAAGGUAUUAGGGUUCCGCUGGGGAGGCACGUACGCAGCUACAACCACCUGCAGGGAGAUGUGCGGCGGAGGAAGCUCUUCUCCUUCCAGAAGUUCUUCCUGCGGAUUGAUACAAAUGGCAGAGUUAAUGGGACCAAGAGCAGAGAGGACCCCCUCAGUAUUCUGGAGAUCACGUCAGUGGAUGUGGGGGUGGUGGCUAUCAAAGGCCUGGGCAGUAACUAUUACCUGGCUAUCAGCAGGAAGGGUGAGCUGUACGGAGCGAGAGAGUUUGGCAUUGACUGCACACUGAAGGAGCGUAUUGAGGAGAACGGCUAUAACACCUACGCCUCAGCCGAGUGGAGGAACAAGAAGAGACAGAUGUUUGUGGGGCUGAGUGUCCACGGGAGGCCACUGAGAGGGAAGAAAACAAGGAGGAGGAAAAUGGCCACCCACUUCCUCCCCAUCAUGGUGUGAUGAUGAAGAGCAUUUCACUGUACUAAACAUACCCUGUGGGAGAGCUAUUCAGCACUGAACAAUCUUUCAGAUAAAGAUUUUUUUAAAUGUACUAUAAUCUAGACAGAGAGCAUCUGAACUAUACCAUUUCCAAAAGACAUAUUUUCUCUAAGGAAGGUAAUUAACUGUGCAUAUACUCCCUGCUUUUGACUUUCGUUGAGAUGGUUUAUUGGUUUGAGGAUGUGCAGUGCUUUCUGUGGCACAGGGUGAAAUUUGAAUCAUAUUCUGUGCUAAAUCAUUGGAAAGAUGUGGACUGAAGGAGGGUGUGACAUGUGGGAACAAAGUAGGACGCUGUUUCACACACCGCUUGGAUGAAGUGAGGAAGCACUGGCUCUGUGUAUCCAAAAAAACGAUUGAAUUGUUGUUCAUGGUCCUCAUUCUCAUUUCAAUGAUCUGAACAUUCUUCAAUGAAGAAGAAGGCCUAACAGAUCGGUAAAUGCAGGAAAAAUGUAUAUAAUUGAGCAAGAUCCUCGUGGUCAUGAGAUCUUGGAACCAUAUCAAAAGUGAAUACGGUGAAAGGAAACACUAAUGUAUGAUAUUUAACCACUGAGUUUUGACUGUGUUGAAGUAAAUUAUUUAUUUUGUGUAAUAUUUAACUGAAGGUGGAAAGAAGGUGAACAUUUCAUUGCAUUCUUUACACCUUAUGUCUGUGAAGUAAAUAACAUACAUUUGCUAUUUCCUCCUCGGUAUCCAAAUGUUCUCAUGUUCAUCAAUAAAGUUUGCAACUUAAACUGGUUGACAAAUCUGACAAAUACACAUAUGAUUGAGAAUGUGACACAAUAAAUGAGAUCCUGU